AUGCCUUACAAACAUGCAGUUGCAGCCAUAUGGGAUAUGUCAAGGAAUAGCAUUGAUGCUGGCAUACCUGAAGAGUGGGUGGAUGAAGUGUAUUGGCUCUCAACAUGGAAGAAAGUUUAUUACAAUGUCAUAGAGCCAAUCAACGGGCCGGAGAUGUGGACUCCUUCAGAGUGUCCAACAACACUCAUCCCACCAAAGCAUCAUACACAAGUUGGAAGGCCAAGGAAGAAAAGAAAGAAGGCAUAUGGUGAAAAAGAGCUUGAGCAGGAGUUCGACAAAGGAGGUAAAAUGACCAGAAAGGGUAGUAGCAUCAAGUGUGGUAAAUGUGGGAAUAUGGGUCACAAUGUCAGGAGCUACAAAGGACAAGGGGCUGAACAAUCCAUUGCUUCACAGUAA